AUGGCUAGUAAAACAACUUCAUCAACUGGAAAGAAAUCAGCAUUGACAGCUGAGGAACAACAGAAGAUUGUUUCGGGUUUUCAAGCAUUACGUGAUGAACAAACUCAAUUAGUACAAAAGACUCAAGAUUUAGAAAUGGAUUUAAAAGAACACGAUCUCGUUUUGUCAACCUUAUCAACAAUAACGGAUAAACAGCGUCGUUGUUAUCGAAUGAUCGGCGGUGUUCUUAUCGAACACACUGUCGGAGAAGUUGUUCCAGCCUUACAAGCGAAUCGUGAACAAAUUCACAAUGUUAUUGAAAGUUUUAAACAAAAAACAGAAGACAAAGCCAAGGAAUUAGCCAAUUAUAAACAAAAGCAUGAUAUUCACUUUUCGUAUGAACGACCAAAUCAACAACAGCAAGGAUCGAAACCUGCUGCGAAUAGUUCUGACUCGGGAACAACAAAGAAAGAACCUCAAGAUUCCGGUGUUUUGGUUGACAAGGAUAACUAA